CGCCGUGUCUAUUUGCUAACGCCUAAUAAUUAUAUAUUAUUAACUGUAACUGAGUGCGUUAACGCUGUAGGCUACGCUAUCUUACUAAUAAUUAUUAUUAAAGGCGAUGCGCUCCUUGAGCGCUACUUUACUAAUUUGCCUAAUAACUAUCUAAUCGCGUAUAGCGAUAGUGGCUAUAUAAACGAUUAA